AUGAGCCGGCGAAAGUCUGUCGAACUGCCGCCGUGGGGCCGGGGUCCUGGGCGGCCCCCGGGCGUCGCGGCCGGCGGCGGGCGGCGGCCUCGGCAUUGCGGCGGCGCGGGCGGCCGCUGUCCUCGCACGACCCCGGCCCGUCCAGAGCGCGCCCCGCUCCGACCCUCGAGGAGGAGGGAGGGGAGCGCGGUUCGGGCGCCCGAGCAAGGUAAGCACCCCUGGGGGACCCUCAGCCCUCGACCGCGCGCCCCGGCCGGCUUUCCGCCGCUCUGGGCUGGCGAGACGACGGGAGGCCGCAGGCCGGCCCCACCGCCCCGGCCUGGUGUUCCCCGCGCGCCUGGGGCCCGACGCCGGAGCCUGGGCCCCCGGAGACCCGCCACCGCGGCGCCCGGCCUGGGCCUGGCCCCGGGACCCUCGGGGGCUCACUCCGGGCCCGGGAGGCCACACGGAGCCCAAGAGAGCACCGGUGACCUGCCCAGGCCGCCCAUGGCGGGGGUCACCCUCCCUCCGAACCACUCCGUGGGCAGGGCCUUACCAGGGUCCCGGCCGGGCGCUCGGCGUCGGCGGGCAGGCGACGCGUCCCGGGCGCCCUCCGAGAGCCCCCCGCCGCCCCCUCAAGCGGUCCCCGUGCGCAGGCGCGGGCCGGAGGAGGCCAGGCCUUUCAGCCUUGGGGGCGCGGGCUCCGGCCCGGACCUGGGUCGCUGCCCUGCCCGGCCACCCGGAAAGGAGAAUGCUAGCAAACCCGAAGGCCGCGCCGUGCCCAGGCCGCGGGACAGCAGCAGUGCGCCCAGGGGCUGCGGGCCGAGCCGGCCUCCGGGCAAGGACGAGGUCGUCGGGCUCCCUCGCCGCGCCGCCUCCGAGAACCAGGACCCGCGCCCGGGCAGCUGCCCCGCCGUGCCCAACCACGGGGCCACGUUGGAGUCGGCGUGGGAGGGUGACGGGGAGAGCAAGGAGGAAGGAGAAGAGCUCCGAGCGGUGGAGGAGAGACCCUCCACCAUGAGGGGCGCGAGUCGGGAGAGGCCGGACCACUGGCGGCUCCAGCUCAGCACCAAGUGGCCAGAGUGCGGGCAGCAGCCUGUCCACCGGCAGCCCCGCCCGGCCCUGCCCCUGCCUCCAUCACACCCCUGA